AAAGUUCGGCAACAACAUACAGGAGCGUAGCCUACAGAGCAAGUUCUUUAUCUCACGCGUGCCAAUAAAUAAGCAACUAAAAUAAGCAAAUCUUGCUGACCGAGCGCAGAAACCAAGAGGGGGCGAACCGGUCACACGUCACCUGACCGCUGAGUGCAUUUAAAGUCAUGUGACAGUCUGCCGCUGUCUGUCAGCUGUAAACGGAGCCACAUUUGACCUAAACUGCGACUGCAGUUCCCUGUUCUCUCACUCUGUAUCUUCUCCACUGCGACAACAUCCACACUUUCAACCCGACCUUCUGCUAUUUUAGUUGGAAGGACACCGGGACGCCAAAACGGCGCUGCUCCUUUCUCCUCUCUCUUCUCGACUGAAAUAUUCAACCUUCGCAGGGUGAGGAUGAUGAGGAUGAUGAGAGAGGUGAUCCUCCUGUUGGCACUGCUGCCCGCCAUGACGUCAUCAUUUGUGACAUCAUCGCGGGAUGUGACCUCAUCGAUGACCUCAUCGCAGCGGGGCUGCUCCGUCUUCUUCUGUGGUAAAUCGAAACAGCGACGCCUCAACAGCGCCCCCGGAGGAGACCCCGGGAAACCCCUCUUCCUCACCCCAUACCUGGAGCAGGGCAACAUAGACGAGGCCAGGAGGUUGAGUCUGGUGGGUCCCCUCCCGGGUGCGAAUGUCAAGAGCUAUUCAGGAUACCUCACCGUCAACAAGAAAUACAACAGCAACAUGUUCUUCUGGUUCUUCCCAGCACAGGAGCGUCCAGAGAAGGCUCCUGUGUUGCUAUGGUUACAGGGCGGACCAGGAGGAACCUCCAUGUUUGGGCUCUUUGUGGAGCACGGACCUUACGUAGUGUACAGCAACAUGACGGUGGGGCUGCGUGACUAUCCCUGGACCUCCCGAUACUCAGUGCUGUAUAUCGACAACCCGGUGGGUACAGGGUUCAGCUUCACAGAUGACGAUCGCGGCUUCGCUCAGAAUCAAGACGACGUCGGUAGAGACCUGUACAGUGCCCUGACUCAGUUCUUCCAGAUCUUCUCGGAAUUUCAGCCAAACGACUUCUACGCCACAGGAGAGUCGUAUGCAGGUAAAUACGUGCCUGCAAUUGGCUACUACAUCCACAGGAAUAAUCCCUCAGCGAAGACCAAGAUCAACUUCAGAGGCGUUGCCAUCGGAGACGGACUGUGUGACCCGGAACUGAUGCUGGGUGGCUAUGGUGAGUUCCUCUUCCAGACUGGGCUGGUGGAUGAGAAACAGAAGCUGUACGUGGAGCAGCAGACGGACUUAGGAGUCACAUACAUACAGCAGCAGAGAUGGGUAGAAGCCUUCCAGGUGUUUGACAGCCUCCUGAAUGGGGAUAUUCUGCCCUAUCCUUCCUUCUACCAGAACGCUACGGGAUGCACCAACUACUUCAACUACAUGCAGUGCACGGAGCCUGCUGAUCAAGAGUUCUUCUCCUCCUUCGUCACGUUGGCGUCGGUGCGGCGCAGCAUCCAUGUUGGAAACUUGACGUUUAACGACGGCAGCGAAGUGGAGAAGCAUCUACUGGAGGACGUGAUGAAGAGCAUCAAGCCCUGGCUAGCAGUGCUGAUGGACCACUACAGGGUGUUGAUCUACAGUGGACAGCUGGAUGUGAUUGUGGCGGCUCCACUGACUGAACGGUUUUUACCCACAGUUCAGUGGGGCGGGGCUGACGAGUACAGUAAAGCUGAUCGGUUUCCAUGGCGACUGCAGCCGGGAGACAAAGAGGUGGCCGGAUACGUACGACAAGUUAAAGAGUUCUUCCAGGUGAUUGUUCGAGGGGGCGGGCACAUCCUGCCGUAUGACCAACCACAGCGCAGCUUUGACAUGAUGGACAGAUUCCUCUCCACCAAGGGCUUCUAUUGACACACACGCACAUGUAACACACACACACACCUACACACACACACCUAC